GCACAUUGACAAAGAGAAAUAAAAUCAGAAUAUUGAAUAGCAAAAUGAAGACAAUACCAUUUGUGUAUGUCAUCUAUGCUCUAAUAACAUGCACAAUUGGCUUAGCCCUUGCACCGGCGCAAGUAGCAGAGAUUGCAGCAAGUACAGGGCAGCUGUCGAAUAAACUAAAGGAGACGGCAGCAUGGAGACGUAUUAUGCAAUCCGGUGGACUCGUGAGAAUCCUCCCUGCAAGAGCUAUGGAGGUUGUACGCGAGGUUGUUGGAUCUCUGCGUAAUGAAGGACGUGUAGUAUUAGCCACACCAAAUGGUAUUCUUCGUGGACGCCAUCAGCCAUAUAAAUCAGGCAUUCCUGGAUCCUAUUAUAGCUUUCGAGGGGUACGAUAUGGACAAGCCCCCGUAGGAGCUAGACGAUUUCGCGCUGCACUACCGGAAAAGCCAUGGAAGGGCGUACGAUCGGCCGUAAGAGAGGGAAACACAUGCCCACAUCGAAAUAUUCUCCUUGACACAUUCAAAGGCGACGAAGAUUGCCUCUUUCUCAACAUCUACACACCCGAAUUACCAAAUCGAACACGCCACCCUCAACUUCCUGUCAUGGUAUGGAUUCAUGGUGGUGGUUUCGCAUUUGGUUCGGGAAAUUCAUUCCUCUACGGACCAGAUUACUUAGUUGCCGAGGGUAUUGUCUUGGUGACAAUUAACUACAGAUUGGGACCAUUGGGUUUCUUAGCUGUGGGUGGUGAUGCACCCGGAAAUGCUGGACUGAAGGAUCAAGUUUUGGCCCUUAAGUGGGUUCAAGAAAAUAUUGCUGCAUUCGGUGGGGAUCCAACGGAAGUUACAAUUUUCGGGGAAUCCGCAGGAGGAGCAUCUGUGCAAUACCUCAUGCUGUCACCCCUUGCAACGGGACUCUUUCACCGGGCAAUUUCUGAGAGUGGAUCCGCCCUAUCGCCAUGGGCACAUGCCACAAAGCCCAAGGAGAGAGCUUUCAAACUUGGUCAAGUUCUCGGUUUAAGCACGAACAACACAGAGGAAUUGCUGGAUUUCCUCCGGAAAGUCCCUCCGAGGAAACUUAUUGAUGCCUCCGAGGAAACUCUAACGCCUGAGGAUGCAAGAAAUAACAUUGGACUCCCAUUUGUACCGUCAAUUGAAGAAAAUAUUGAAACAUGGGAUGAUGCUGAUCCUGAUGUUAAUCACGAUGAACCCUUCCUCACAGAGCCACCAAUUGAUCUACUAAAACGAGGAAAUUUCCACAAAAUACCCUACAUCACUGGAUUUAAUUCCCACGAAGCUAUGCUCUUCCUAAGAAGACUGCGUAAGGAUCCCAAUCUCUUGGUAGCCUAUCAGAAUGACUCCACACGCGUUCUUCCGGCUGAUUUGCAAGUUCCCGGUGGACGAGAUUCACGUGAGGGACAAGCAAUUGCAGGAAGUGUUCGAAAGUUUUAUUUGGGGUCAAGGCCAAUAACGCAAGACACCAUCAAUGAACUAAUAGACAUGUGGACUGACUUGAUGUUUGUACGAGGAAUUGUGACCUCUGCUCGAUUGCACGGGGCUGCACGAAAUGCCACAACGUACCUCUAUAGAUUUGCUUUCGAUGGAGCUCUUGGCCUCUACAAGCGCCUUCUGGGUAUCUCACGUCCAGGAGUAUGUCAUGGUGAUGAAAUUGGGUAUCUCUUUCACUUUGGCUUCUUCAAUUUGAGCCUAGAUAAGGCAGCACCUGAAAUUCAAGUGAAGAAACGAAUGGUAUCCAUGUGGACGAAUUUCGCCAAAUACGGUGUACCAACACCAAUGGGGGCCUAUGAUCCGGACUUUCGAGUAAAUUGGGAUCCAAUUUUGCAAAAAUCCGGCAAUGAUCUGCCGUAUUUGGACAUAACAGAUCAACUAAAAAUGAAAGUAAAUCCCGAAGGGGAACGCCUCAAAUUUUGGGAUGAUUUGUACAGGAAGUACAAUGGGAAUGAGAUAAACUGAGAUAAAGAAAAUAGAAUAAUUCUUGAUUGUUGUGCUUUGUUAUGUAUAAUUUUAGUUGAUGUUGAUGUUUUGAAAUAAAAAAAUUCUGAAACUUA